AAACACAACCAAAAAGACAAAAGAAAGAACCAGUGAGAAGGAGAUGAGGACCUUCCAGUGCCAAAGCCACCGUGCGCAGCGUGGAGCCGCCUGCAGUCUGUACAGCCUCAGCAACAGCAUCAUGAGCCCACUCAGUCUGGUCAGCGUCACCAUCGCAGCCCUACUCCUCCUGAACAUCCCAGUCUGCAAAAGUGCUCCAGCAGAACUUCAACAAACCACAACAGAUCAGAGGCAGCUACUCAGUCAGAUAGAUGCUGUGUGCUCAUCCUACCUCUCUGCAGACAUGAAGUUCUCGGCAUCUGAUGCCCUGGGAGAGCUGUGUGUCUUGAUGCUGGUUCAGAAAAUGAAGGAGCUGAAAACACGAGAAAAUAGUAAAAGAACCCCUGUGUUGCACCCUCUCCUGCAUCUUGUUUCUCAACUCCAUACCAGAAGAGAGAGGGGACUCUCAAUGAGCGCUGAACUCCAGGGACCUGGAGGAGUCCAGAGCAGAGGUUACUUCCUCUAUCGGCCACGGAAUGGAAGAAGAUCCUUAGAGUAUGAAUAAAUAAAAGAGCCUCCACCUUUGAAGCAUAGUGUACAGAAACCACAAAGACCCUGAAACCUGAGCUGCUGCACCACGACUGAGUGAUCCUCUGCCACUGCUGUAUAGUGAUGUCUGAAUGUACACAAGAAGUAUAAUUAAAAUACUAUUGAUUUGUCCAGAUUUUAUUUUGUGUUAUAUGUGUCAUUUGCAUUAAAACGGCUAUAAUGUCAUUAGGCA